GCAUUGUCUUACAGACCAACAGAUGGACGAGUCUACAUUACCCGACAAUAAUCCUCUGUUGUUAGGAUGUUAUUUAUUAUAUAUUAAAGAUGAAAAUAUGUGCCAAGAACUGUUCUUUGCUACAUAUUUAGAGAAUCGAUUUUUCAGGAUGAGGAACCCAUGGAAGAACAUCGUUUCUGUUGCGACUGAUGGUGCACCAUCUAUGGUUGGUCGUUAUCGUGAUUUUAUAGCUCACCUAAAGCGACAACUGCCUGAGGUACUGGUCAUUCACUGUGAUGCUGUCAACAAGAUUCGAAGCAAUUCUUUGAACUCUCGCCUAUUUGCCCAGUUAUGUGAGGAAAACGACGAAAGUCUUUACUCGGUUACUUCUGUACACUGAAGUUCUCUGGCUAUCAAGAGUUCAAGAGGCUCCUGCUUAGCAAGAUUUUCAGCUGUUUUUGAAUCUGUGUUGCAGUUUUUACAAGAAAAAGAUCCGAAUUUGAAAGAAAAUCUGAACAAUUGUAAAACAGAUAUUUAUUGCUUGACUGAUAUCUUUGGUAUGUUUAACAAAGUUAAUUUGCAGCUGUAAGAUGAUGAUCUCAUAGUUACCGUAUUUAUAAAAAUUACCAGAAAUGUUUCAAGACGAUGUUAUUUUAUCAUAUGUCACCCAUUUGGGCGUAUUACACACGGAUUUUACUAAGAGGUUUGAGGAUCUCUUAAAUUUAUAAAUUCCGCAAUGAAUAAUAAUUCGUACAAUAUCGCAACCAUGCAAGAAGCCAAUGUGAUAAUGAAAGAAGAGAUGAUCACCAUCAGCACAGACGAGGGCUUAAGCAGAAGUUCUGGUUGCAGCGCAACAUUGAAACACAGUAUCCUCUAUUGUGGAAUAUUGCUGAAAAAUCCUUAUCGCUCUUUCAUCAUGAUACCUAGUCUAAAAAGGCUUCAGUGUGGUUACAAACAUUUUGACAAAACAAAGAAACCGUUUGAAAAUCAGCGAACGGGAAGAUUUAAGGCUGCAACUCAUCAAUAUUGAACCAGAUUUAGCUAUAUUUGUAGAAAGUCACCAGGUUCAUCCAUUACACUGAAUUUUUAUUUUUACUUUGAGAUUUUUUUUUUAAUUAUUACCUACUUAAUUAUUUUUAGGUAAUUUGUAUUAAUAAUUACACCGGCACACAAAAAAAAAGUUGUUUGUACAUCAUACACGACCUACCUACCGGCAUGUAUUUUGACCCGCUGAAUCCGAAUUUCAAGUCAGUUUGAGCCGUCCACCCUUCAAUAUCGAGUAAAUUGUAAAAAUAGUAAAAAUAAGAUAAUUAGUAAUAAAAAAAAUUUAUGAAUCGAAACCAAGCAUAAUUCUUAUGUAUUUCGAUCCGCUGAAUACUGCGGAGGUCAUUUGAGAACAAAAAAGUUUGAUACCAACAAAAAACAGUUCAAAAUCUGAGAAAAUCUUUCGCCUCAUUCAGUUCAUACAUCAGUUUUUAGAGAUAUUUCAAGGGUGGAUUUUAAAGGGUGGACGGCCCAAACUGACU